GGAUGUUUUUGGAAUGUAGUGUUACAAAAUUAUCUCCUUCUUCACUCACAAUCCACAAAGCCCCCUUUUACAUUGGAAUCGAGUACAGAAGAACACAAAACCCAGAAAGAAGAUCCAGAAGCUACCAUUGAUUCUUCAGUCCUCUGGCUGACCCUUCUGCCUAAUCUUUUUCGAUUUCUCAUUCUGGGUUCUGCUUUGAUUGCUUUCCCACACAAUCUGUGGGAAGCUUAGGCUUUAGAGCUAUGGGGAGAUUGUUUGUGGUGAAUCUGGAAGGGCAGAUCUAUAGCUGCAAGUACUGCCGGACCCAUCUUGCUCUUUACCACGAUAUCAUUUCCAAGUCCUUCCACUGCAGGCAUGGGAAAGCUUACCUCUUCAAUAAGGUGGUAAAUGUGUGGUUGGGGAAGAUAGAAGAGAGAUUGAUGAUGACAGGGAUGCAUACAGUAGCUGAUCUAUUCUGUGUGGGGUGUGGAUCAAUCGUGGGAUGGAAAUAUGAGACUGCCCAUGAAAAGAGCCAGAAAUACAAGGAGGGGAAAUUUGUACUUGAGAGGGUCAAGGUUGUGGGAGCUGAUGAAAGCAGGCUGUGGGGGAGUCAUGAAGCAGAUGCUGGUGGAAGCGAGGAGGGCGAAGAUGUUUGAUUACUGUAUGUUGUAUAUACCCAAUUGUAAAUUCUGCAUACCCUAAGAACCUUCUGGUUUUGAACUUAAAUUCUGUGUUCAUGCUGGGCUGAGAUUUAUUGAAUAAAUUGUAUCUCCUAAAUUAA